ACUACAUUUCCCAGAAAGCGGAGGGACCGGGGGCUGAGGGCGCAUGUGCGGACGCCGCUGCCGGAGGCGCGGCGGGCAGUGGAGAGCUAACAAGGAAAGUUUCUGGAGAUUUCUCACAGCCUCCAGCCAUGCGUCUGUCUGGCCUACUGGCCUUGGCAUCCAAGGUCACCCUCCCCCGCGACUACCGCUAUGGGAUGAGCCGCCCAGGCUCUCUUGCAGACAAGAGGAAGAACCCUCCGGGGACCAGGCGGCGCCGGGUGGCCGUGGAGCCCAUCUCAGAUGAAGAGUGGCAUCUGUUCUGUGGGGACAGGGUGGAGAUCCUAGAAGGCAAGGAUGCUGGGAAGCAAGGCAAAGUGGUUCAAGUCAUCCGGCAGCGCAACUGGGUGGUCCUGGAGGGACUGAACACACACUACCGUUACGUGGGCAAGACCGCGGAUUCCCGGGGGACCAUGAUCCCCAGCGAGGCGCCCUUGCUCUACCGCCAGGUCAAACUUGUGGAUCCUGUGGACAGGAAACCCACUGACGUGGAGUGGAGGUUCACAGAGGCUGGAGAGCGGGUGCGUGUCUCCACGAGAUCAGGGAGAAUUAUCCCCAAACCGGAGUUUCCCAGAGCUGACGGCAUCGUCCCUGAGACCUGGACUGAUGGCCCCAAAGACACAUCAGUCGAAGAUGCUCUAGAAAAAACCUACGUGCCCCGUUUAAAGACACUGGAGGAGGAGGUGAUGGAGGCGAUGGGGAUUCAGGAGACGCGGAGACACAAGAAGGUCUAUUGGUACUGAUCCUGCAGACGGGGCUAUUCCCCUGGUCUUAGCCUCGAAGGUCGGGGCCACUCUUCUCAGAUGCCAGUAAGGAGCCAGGAGUGCCAUGCCCACCUGCCGCCGUCUGCUAGACCCUGACCCCCCGCGCACCUGCGCCUGGGACUACAGGAAGGGGCAUCUGUCCUUACCGUGUGACAGCCUGGAUGGAGGUUAAGGCAGCUUCCACAGGGGCAGGGCCUGCAGGGUCCAGGGGACCCUAGAGUCUCGGGAUGCUGCCUGUCAGGGAGGCUGGUAGGGCUGGGGGUGGAGAAAUCAAACUGGCAGCGAAAUAAAGAUUUCACUAUUUAAUAAAUUAAAAAUAAACUUGUA